GUGUAGCUGUUUGGCAGGUUACGAAGGAGAUGGUUAUGAUUGCAGAGCUUUAAGGUCUUGCCGGGAAGAUAGAUAUCUAUGUGAUCGUAAUGCUGAUUGUGUACCGCACGAUGCUUCUGGGGAAUAUGUCUGCCAUUGUAGACAGGGAUUUAUCGGUGAUGGUAUCACUUGUAAUGUUGCUCCUCAACAUAGCGGUGGCCACUUGGUCUUCGCUCAUGGUAUGUCUUUGCUUCGUGUACCUACAACUCCAUCAAAAAGCAAUCCAGGACAACUUCUGCUUAUGGAACCAAACCAGACUCCAGUUGGUUUGGCAACUGAUUGUCAACAGGGACAUCUUUACUGGGCUGACGCAUCUCUGAAAGUCAUACGCAGAGCUAACUAUAAUGGAUCUGAAGUCUCCAUGAUUAUCUCGCAUGAUAUGCUGUCCCCAGAAGGAGUUGCCGUAGACUGGCUGGGAAGAACAAUAUACUGGACCGAUUCGGGAAAAGAUACUAUAGAAGUUGCCAGCCUUUCUAAAAAUUAUCGGAAGGUGCUUUUUUCUGAUGGUCUGGAUAAUCCCAGAGGCAUAGCAGUGCAUCCUGGAUUAGGGAAAUUGUAUUGGACAGAUUGGAAUCGCAGUGCACCCAAAAUUGAAGUGGCUAAUAUGGAUGGUACAGGAAGAAAGGAAUUAGUGAAUGACAACCUAGGAUUACCUAACAUGGUAGUCAUUGAUUUUACCAGAAAUAACCUCUGCUGGACAGAUUCCGGACUGAAAAGAAUAGAAUGCAUAGGCCUCAAUGGCCAAGGCAGGAGACUAGUUUAUACUCCCGCUGCUUAUCCCUUUGGAAUAGCCAUUCAUGAAAACUAUAUUUACUGGACAGACUGGGAGAUCAAAUUUUUGCAUCGAGUACACGUAAAUGGUGGUGAUGCUGAACCCUUAGAAGUUCCAGCUGGUGGAAGUGGAAGAAUGUAUGGUGUGGUAUCAUUACCUUCUUACUGUCCUGCAGUGGGAAGCCCGUGUGCUGUGGACAAUGGUGGCUGCAGAUAUUUGUGUCUACCUGAUGGAAGAGGUGGUCGUUCAUGUGUCUGCCCAGAUUCCAGCGAAGAUGGUUCUGCAAGUAUUGAGUGCAAUGAAAUCAGUUCAUGAUUUGAAAUCACACUUUUAUAUAAAAAAAAGAAGGUCACUCAACAUUACUCUGAACUCUAACACAUCAUACUAUUUUUUUUUUUUUUUUUUUGUUAGAUGCAGUUUCACCGAUUGUAUUUUUGUUUGAGAAUUGAAUUUCUUGUAAAAAUGCUUUCUUACAUGUAUAGUGCAUCUUUUCAUCUUAAGCUUAUUAUGAAUUCAUUAUUUUAUAAUAAAAGAUUUUUGGAAACUAUUCAAAUAAAAGCUCAGCUUCCUU